UCUACACCUCUGCACACUUAUCCACCACAGACACAACUCAGGCUUUGACUGACAGAUGUUUCCCAGCAGUGCCUAAGGUCGGUCUCAGCAAAACGAAUGUGUUUGACCACCGUUGGUAUUUAAGGCGAGAGUUUGGGAGGCUGGAUUAGACGAUGCUGGGAAUGAAUAGAUGAGUACAGUUUCUUGGCUGAAUCCGUCUCGUUUCUUUACUCGCUCAAAAACUCUUCUACUUUUGCACGCUUUCUUUCUGCUGUCAUCAUGACAGCCUUCGACUUCACGGAUGUAGAGGCGUUUUUGGACAGCCACCCGGAUCUGUUCGAAGAGUAUCUGGUUCGGAGAGCCAAAUGCGAUCAGGUGAGCAGGUGGCUGAAGGAGCAUCAGCCGUCCAAAGUCUCCGCAUCCGAGGAGAGGCGCGCCGCCGCCGCCACGGACCCGCUCUGGCCAAGCAGCGCCGAUGGACUCCGGCGCAGGUCGUCUCACAUGGAGCUGCGGCGAAACUUCGCCCGCUCCAAAGCCACAACCGCGCACCGCACAUACGACGAGCAUGUGAGCCUGAACGAGCACGAGUCCCAGUCGAGCAUGAGGCGCCGUGCGCUCCUGCGCAAAGCCAGCUCGCUACCUCCGACCACCGCGCACAUCCUGAGCGCACUGCUGGAGUCCAGAGUCAACGUCCCCCAGUACGCGUCCAGCGCCAUCGACUACAAAUACAGACUCAAAGAGACCAACGAGAGGGAGUUCUUCCUGGAGCUGGUGAAGGACAUCUCCAACGAACUGGACCUGACGAACCUGAGCUAUAAAAUCCUGAUCAACGUGUGCAUCUUGGUGGAUGCGGACAGGUGCUCGCUCUUUCUCGUGGAGGGACCCGCUCACAAGAGGACGCUGGUGUCAAAGUUCUUUGAUGUGCACUCAGGCACCACGGUCAGACCCUCAUCCAGCACUCUGAACUCCAAUGAAGUGCAAGUGCCGUGGGGAAAAGGGAUUAUUGGCUAUGUGGCAGAGCAUGGAGAGACCGUCAACAUCUCUAAUGCAUACGAGGACCACCGCUUCAGCGACGAGAUUGACAAGUUAACCGGCUACAAGACGCAGACCAUCCUCUGCAUGGCCAUCUGCAACAGUGAUGGAGACGUCAUUGGUGUUGUGCAAGCUAUUAACAAAAAUCCCAUGGGCACCCCUUUUACAGAGGACGAUGAAAAGGUGUUACAGAUGUAUCUGCCCUUCUGUGGAAUAUCGAUUUCCAAUGCAAAGCUGUUUUCGGAGUCUCGCAAGGAGUAUGAGCGGAGCAGGGCCUUGCUGGAGGUGGUCAAUGACCUGUUUGAGGAGCAGACCGACCUGGAGAAGAUCGUCAGGAAGAUCAUGCAGAGAGCGCUGACGUUGCUGCAGUGUGAACGCUGCUCGGUACUUCUCCUAGAAGAUAUCGACUCACCCGUGGUGAAGUUCUCCAAGACAUUUGAACUGAUGUCUCCUUUGUGCAACAUGGACAGAGACAUCAGCAUGGAGAAGUUAUCCUGCUCUGACUGGCUCAUCAACAACAGCAUUGCUGAGCUGGUUGCUUCCACAGGGCUGCCUGUUAACAUCAGCGACGUUUGUCAGGAUCCACGCUUUGAUGCUGAGGCAGAUCAGGCAUCGGGUUUUCACAUCCGGUCUGUGUUAUGUGUCCCGAUCUGGAACAGAACUCACCAGAUAAUCGGGGUUGCACAAAUCCUGAACCGCCUGGACAGGAAGACAUUUGAUGAUGCAGAUCAGAGACUGUUUGAGGCAUUUGUGAUAUUCUGUGGACUUGGAAUCAACAAUACCAUGAUGUACAAUCAAGUUAAGAAGACAUGGGCCAAGCAGUCUGUAGCAUUGGAUAUGUUGUCUUACCAUGCCACCUGCUCCAAAGUAGAAGUUGACAGACUGAAGGCUGCAAAGAUUCCCCUGAGCAGUGAGCUGGGCAUUGAUGAGUUCCACUUCAAUGAUUUUUCGCUGGACAAUGAUGCGAUGAUCACUGCGUCACUCAGGAUGUUUCUGGAACUCGGUGUGGUUCAAAAGUUUAAAAUUGACUAUGAAGUUUUGUGUCGCUGGCUGCUCACAGUGAGGAAGAACUAUCGAACUGUGGCGUAUCACAACUGGAGGCAUGCCUUCAAUGUGUCACAGUGCAUGUUUGUCAUGAUCACAUCCAGCACUUUCCAGGAUGUGCUGUCAGAUGCGGAGAUGCUGGCCCUGAUGGUCGGCUGCUUGUGCCACGACUUGGACCAUCGAGGCACAAACAAUGCAUUUCAAGCCAAGACCGGUUCUGCUUUGGCCCUGCUCUAUGGGACGUCGGCAACCCUGGAGCAUCAUCACUUCAACCAUGCUGUCAUGAUCCUGCAGAGCGAGGGACACAAUAUCUUUGCCAACCUCAGCUCUAAAGAGUACAGCAACAUGAUGCAACUAUUAAAACAGGCGAUUCUCUCCACAGACCUUACUUUGCACUUUGAGCGCAGAACCAAGUUCUUUGAGCAUGUUUUGUCAGGAGAAUUCAGCUGGGCAGUGGAAGAACACAGAGAAGUCCUCAGAUCCAUGCUGAUGACUGCAUGUGAUUUGGGUGCUGUCACUCGUCCUUGGGAGGUAUCAAAACAGGUUGCCGAGUUGGUAACGAGCGAGUUCUUUGAACAAGGUGACAGGGAGCGGUCGGAGCUGAAGCUAACACCAGCAGCCAUCUUUGACCGUAAUCGCAAAGAUGAACUACCUGCCUUACAGCUUGAAUGGAUUGAUGGGAUCUGCAAGCCACUUUAUCAGGCGCUGCUGAAGUUGAACAGGAAGUUAAAGCCGAUGGUGGAUGGAAUAAAUGGGAACAGAGCGAAGUGGCAGGAACUCUGCUUGUCCGAUCAACAGACAAGAAGAGCAUCAGUCUCCAGCCAGAAUACUGACCCGGGUCAGAAUACUGAGUUCAGUGACGACGCAGAAACCAACGAGCUACUAGAGAAAGCAGGGAAAACUGCCCAGAUUAAAAAUACAGAGUUUGGGUCAAAAUCUGAUUGCCGAGAGGUAUUGAGGUGCAGAGCAAACAAAGAGACCAGUCAUGACACAGGAAACAACAAAACAGUCCCUGGAAAGAAGUAAAGCAGAGAGGUUGUUGUAAUAAAUAACUUGACAUUUUUUGAUAUCUUCUAACACAAGCAUCCCCCUGAACUGAUAGGGUGAAACAAAAUGCAGAAUUCAUCAGCGGAGCCUGCUGCAGCGUCACUGUGUUAACCUCAGGAACAAUGGGACGAACCCCAUGAGGUCAUAAAUCUAUUUAAAGGGCAGUGUUCAUACAAAAGAAGGGAUUUCAUCACUUUGCUAAGGAGAGUCCUGAAGUUGCAUGUUUUGUAGAAACUCUCUCCUGAUCAAAACCUUUUGGUGAUGCCUUUAAAAUCAUCAGGAAAUCACUGUGAAUUGUCACACAAAGCAAACUGCACAUCAAUCUGCUGGUAAAGAGGUUUUAAAAGACAUGGAUCUUCCACUGCAGCAGCAUAAAUUAACACAGGAAGUUUAGGAGAAAUACAAUAUUAACUACAAAAUUCCCAUGUUCAAUUUUAAUCAUUUCAAUUUAAUAUGAUUUGUUUUUGUACCAUCAAAUAUACCAUAAUUUUUUACCCUAUGCUGUCCACACUACAGUCACUCUAGAUCAGGGGUCUCAAACUCCAGGCCUCGAGGGCCGCAGUCCUGCA